AGGGGCUCGGAUUAGAAUAUCGUCGGCGAUGGGCUGGAAGAGUUGGCGCCAUCCUCCUCUGCAGCACCAACAACCCACGCCAGCGCGCACGACGCCAUGCUCUCACUCGCUCGCCGCCCGCUCUCCGCCGCCGUCCCCGUCGGCAACCUCCUCGGAAUCCACCUCUUCCAGUGCCCCGACGCGGUGGGCAUCGUGGCAAAGCUGUCCGAGUGCAUCGCCACCCGCGGCGGCAACAUCCACAGCGUCGACGUCUUCGUCCCCGACGACAAGCCCGUCUUCUACGCCCGCAGUGAGUUUACGUACAACCCAAGGCUCUGGCCGCGCGAUGAGCUUGGCGCCGACUUCCUCCAUUUGUCAAACCACUUCAAGGCACAAAAAUCUACCGUACGAGUGCCUGAUCUUGACCCAAAAUACAAGAUUUCAGUCCUUGCAUCAAAGCAGGACCACUGUUUGUUCGACUUGUUGCAUAGAUGGCAAGAAGGCAGGCUUCCAGUUGACAUUAAUUGUGUGAUAAGCAACCAUGAUCGACCUACAGAUAAUCACGUAAGGCGUUUUCUUCAGAGACAUGGAAUUCCCUAUCAUUACUUACCAACAACUCCUGGGAACAAACGAGAACAAGAGAUACUAGAAUUGAUUGAAGGUACAGAUUUUGUUGUGCUGGCAAGAUAUAUGCAGGUAAUGUCUGAAAGCUUUCUUAAAGCAUAUGGUAAAGAUAUAAUUAACAUUCAUCAUGGACUUCUUCCCUCAUUCAAAGGAGGGAGUCCUUCAAGACAGGCCUUCAAUGCAGGGGUGAAAUUGAUUGGUGCAACUAGCCAUUUUGUUACUCCAGAACUUGAUGCUGGGCCAAUCAUUGAGCAGAUGGUUGAACGAGUUUCUCACAGAGACACAUUACAGAGCUUUGUUGUAAAGUCUGAGAAUCUUGAGAAACAGUGCCUAGCAGAAGCUAUCAAGUCAUACUGCGAGCUCCGUGUGCUACCAUAUGAGCUCAUGAAGACUGUUGUAUUUUAAUUUUUUUGUAAUGGGUUAUUUGAUGUCUAUUAUUUUUCCAAAAUUAGCAAUAAGUUAUUCAUUUAUUAAUAUAUCCACAUUCAGCCAUUAGGUCAGUGCGGUCAAAGUUAUGAGAAUAAAUAGUAUGUAGUACUACAUACUAUUUGUGCAACCAUUCCUUUAGAUAAAAAACUACCUGGCCAAAAAAUAAUUUGAUGUUUAUUGCA